GGGGCGGGGCGGCGGCCGCUCACACGCCGGCGGGCUGCGCGCAGCAUGUGAACUGCGGCCCCAGAGCGGGGAGCGACCGACCGACCGCCGGGCUCCAGCAUGGGGCUCGCCCUGCUCCUGGGGCUGCUCCUCUCCCGAGCCGGAGACCUCCUGGCUCUGCCGAGGAGUGAUUGCAUAGCAGCAGAACAGCUGUGCCUCUCGGACUCUACCUGCAAUGCCACCUACAGGAUCCUGGAAAACUGUGCCCUGGCUAAGACUCGCUUCGUUCCACUGGAUCACGAUAGCAGGGUCAGAUGUCUGAAUGCAGAGCUAGACCUCGGAAACAGCUCUUUGCUGCACUGCAAGUGUCACCGGCGCAUGAAGAGACAGGAGCACUGCUUACGUGUUUUCUGGACCGUUCACGGCAGCAUGACAGAUGGUUAUUUCAAUUUGGAGACUUCUCCCUAUGAGAAUCCAGCAAAUGAAGAACACUGGAAGACAGAUUAUAAUAAACUGGCAGCUCUGUUAUCAGGCUCACAGUUAGCAGGAGAUGCAACAAAUCCGUGCCUGAAAGCAACUCACAUCUGUAACCUGAGCAAGAAGUGUGUUCGUCUGCGCACAGACUAUGCCUCUAUCUGCACCAAGGGAGCAGGAAGCGAGGACAUGUGUGACCGCCGCAAAUGCCACAGAGGGCUAAGGAACUUCUUUGAGAAAGUCCCUGAGGAUUUCACCAAAAGGAUCCUGUUCUGUCCAUGUCAAGAUGAACUUUGUGGAGAGCGACGCCGGAAAACUAUUGUUCCUGAUUGUUCCUUCCAGUAUAACACCAAACCCAAUUGCCUCUGGCUUCUGGACUCCUGCUUAGAAGACCAUAUCUGCAAAUCCCGACUGGCUGACUUCCAACAAAAUUGUCAACCUGCAGACAUGUCUCCAGAUGGUUGCUCUCAGCACAACCAUGCUGCAUGCCUGCAGGCUUACAUGGGAAUGAUUGGCACGCCCAUGACACCCAACUAUGUCAGUAACUCCAGUGUGGAGGUCUCCCUGUGGUGUACAUGUGAAAGCAGCGGCAACCAGAAGGAGAAGUGUGACCAGAUACUCAGCAUGUUUGAGAGCAACAAAUGCCUUGAAAAUACCAUUUGGUCUCAAAUGCACCUGAAGCAGACAGCUCUAGAAAGACAGGAAGACUUAUUGUACUCAUCUCCCCUAAGCUUCCAAGGAGACAGUGCCAGCACAUCUCUUGCUUCAGAAAUGUCCCAGGUGGCUGAAGGGAAGACACAGCGAGACAUCUCUGAACACAGCAGUAUGCCUAUGGCCUCCUCUGUGUAUUCUGGAGCUGCUGUUUCUUGGCCGUCUCUGGCUCUGCUCCUGCCCCUGUUGCUGAGCCCAUGUUAACUUGGCAUAAAUGGCAUCUUUUCUUCCCAUAUUAUUAAUCUUAUCCCAUAUCCAGGCACCUCGCACUACUGAUUUACCUUUGGGAAACAGGCGGCUUCCAGAGAAGAGGAAUGGAACAGCCUUAACCCAGAACAGCAGUCACUGAAAACCUCCCCCCAACUUGCACCCCACUUUUCCCCAAUCAGUUUGUACUGGGCUCUGCAGAUAUGGUGCCCACCAUUGCUUCUGCCAUGUUAGCAUUUUGAGUAACAGUCAGGUGAAUAUUCCAGUGCAAUAUUUUAAAACAAAGGUCUGAGUUCUGUCAGAGCUUGUGCAGGGUUCGGUUUCUGACUGCAGGAAGGGACCUGACACAGCGUGUCCUACCAUCCCACCUUCUGGAGCUCUUCCUCAGGCAUACAAUUAUAGAAUGGUUUGGGUUGGAAGGGAGCUUUAAAGAUCAUCUAGUCCAACCCCCCUGCCAUGGACAGGGACAUUUUUCACCAGACCAGGUUGCUCAAAGCCCCAUCCAACCUGACCUUGGACACUUCCAGCGAGGGGGCAGCCACAACUCCUCUGGGCAACCUGUUCCAGUGUCUCACCACCCUCAUCGUAAAAAAUUUCUUCCUUAUGUCCAAUUUAAACCUACCCUCUUUCAGUUUAAAACCGCUGCCCCCUUUUCCUGUCACUACAGGCCCUGGUAAAAAGUCUUUCUUGUGAUCCCUCUUUUUAUAUUGAAAGGCCACAAUAAGGUCUCCCCAGAGCCUUCUCUUCUCCAGGCUGAACAACCCCAACUGUCUCAGCCUUUCUUCAUAGGAGAGGUGUUCCAGCCCUCUCAUCGUUUUCAUGGCCCUCCUCUGGACCUGCUCCAACAGGUCCAUGUCUGUCUUGUCCUGGGCACCCCAGAGCUGGAUGCAGGACGCCAGGUGGGGUAGAGUAGAGGGGAAGAAUCACCUCUCUCGGCCUGCUGGCCACGCUUCUUUUCACGCAGCCCAGGAUACGAUAUGGCUUUCUGGGCUGCAGGUGCACAUUGCUGGCCCACGUCCAAUUUUUCAUCUACCAGUAUCCCCAACUCCUUUUCUGCAGGGCUAUUCUCAAUCCAUUCAUCCCUCAGUCUGUAUUGAUAUUAGGGAUUGUCCCAGGCCAGGUGCAGGACCUUGUACUUGGCCUUGUUGAACAUCAUGAGGUUCAUGUGGGCCCACUCCUUAGGCCUGUCAAAGCAUAGAGUACAGCAUACUAUCCUAAAGAGUAGAAGCCCACGCUCCAGGGUGGGUUGCAAGUAAAGCUCAAUAAACAUACACAUAAAGUCCCUGGUAAACACCAGUUCUGGAUUACUUUCAGUUCCCUUUUCAAAUCCAUUCCUUUAAGUAUAUGAAAAAUACCAUCCCAGAUCAAGGACACUGUACUACAGUUUAUAUUCUUGCUCCUUUCUGUUUUGCCCCUUGCAACAUAUAUAUAUCAUCCAUUAUUAUGGCUAGCAACAGACUUCAGUUUUGCAGGUUAGGAUGGAUUUCUGUGCUCAACCCCAGUAAGUUCAGUCUAAUCUAGCAAAGAAGGACCUUGCCUGGCUUCAGGAGGAACCUUCUUAGUAAUGCUUAGAGAAUGCAUAUAGCUCAUUGAAGCUGUAUUGACCACAAAACCCCUGGGACAUUCAGUUGCAAAAAUCUCUGGGAGCCGCAACUACCUUGAACCUCUCCGCAUAUUCAAGUCAUCAUUGUCCCCUUCCACCCUGCUUGCCCAAUCUCCUCCUCCUCUGCCAAGCUCUAUGUCAUGAUCUCUUUACUCUGAGUGUAAAUGUGUGCACUGUGUAACUGCUGUUAUUUUGUACUGCAUUUGCCUGUUAAAAUGUGGUGUUAAGUGAAUAUUGAUUUCUGAGCAUAGGUUAAUAGUCCACAAUCAAUUGUGUGCAAGAGUUGCCUCAUCAGCCAGCCUACACUUUCAGGAUAGCUUGAAACUCAGCUCAAAGCAGCUCCUCCAUGCACACAUAUAGCGCCCCUUGCCCAUCCUAUGAGAUACAACAGAUCUGAACAAUAUUAUACACAGCCAAACACUAUUACAAUCCUGAAUAGAUACAGAACAGGUGGGUAUUUCUUUUUACCUUGUGCUUUAUCUGUUGGCAGGGAAGUACCAGCUAGGUAAUAUGCUGCGGUUCCCAGUCACUAUUGGACACCUUCUUCCUACAGAGUCUUACAUUGUCACAUGUGUCAGAGUAAUUGUCCUUCUGCAGUGAUAAUAUUUCCAUUUCAACUUCCAGCCUUCUCUUUACUUCCUGGGCAGGUAGGGCAAGGAAAUCACUGCAUGGAGCAGAACCAUCUCCUCUGUCACACAGAGAAGCAACAUCUUAUUUCCAUGCAGUAGGAACAAGUAUCAUGUCUUCUUAAUAGAGAGGAGUACGAAUGCUGGUAUUUCUGAUUACCUGCUGAAAUAUCGCUAUUUGGAUCGAGAGACAGCACUGUUGCCACAUGUUUGCUACCAUUCUUUAAUGAAAACAGAGUCCAUGUUAACAUAUUCUAAUAUCUGCAUUAGACCAUCCUCUGUAUGGUGGGACUAGAAACAUGUCAAGACUCUUGACUGUAGUGUAAUAGCAUCUGUCAUCUCCAGAGUUUAGUGGAGAGUGACAGGGAAGAAGAAAAUGUUGUUGUUCUUUCCAAUAUUCCACAAAUCAGUGAGGAUAUUUGUGAGAAUAAUGGAGUAGAUUUCCCUGAGCUGCCUGUACCACACACACGGUGUACUGCAUUAAUCUUCCCCUCAUCUGCACUGUGAUCUUUCCUUUUUCCCCACUGUAGUGCUCUAAGACAGGUUGAUAUGGAAAAAGGUAUUAGCAUUUUGUUGUUCACAUUAAGGGCACUAUGGACCUUUAGCCCCUUACACCUACUAAGAACGUUAUUGAUUGCAAUUGCAGCCUCCUGUCAUGUCCUGGAUUACAUAGGAAAAUGCUUGAGACAGCCAAAUCCUGCUCUAGACUGAAAUUAAAGCAAAACAUGUCAGUCUGGGUUUUUCUCCAAGUGUCCUAUGUCCCUUUUGCCUGUACAUAUGCACCUUUGUAUACAUGGCUGCCUCUUAGGCUUAUUCAUCAAUAACUGCAAACAAAAUUCACCUGUAAAUACACCUGCAUUCACGGGUACUCACGCUGCUAUGAGUACAAACCCAUUUUCACUUAGACUUCUGUAACACCUGACCUCCAAAUAUCAGUUAUUCAACUACACAGCAUACAUGCAUGCACAAGUAGAACUACUACUAGAAAUAUCAUGCCAAUAUCAGUAUUGGUUCAGUUCUGUUAGCACCACUGAUGUUCAAAGACUGGCACAGUUACCUAAACCUAUUCAGAACAGUUCUUACUAACCAUACUACAGGGCAAUUUACAAAAACCUCUCAGCUUCUAUUCCCCAGAAACUGCAAUACAACAUCCCGUGAGUACCUUUGGUCUAAAUAUAAAAAUAAUCUAAUAAAAAUUCUCUAUCCCAACAGUCUUAACAUUGAGCUCUCAGCAAACAUAUAUAAGGAGGGAACCUUCUAAUUGUUGUAAUGUAGAUUAUUUUUUAAAGUGUAAAAUAAUGCUAAAUCUCACUAAUAAAAUUUAUCUUGCAACUCUAGAA